AUCUCAAAAAAUUAGGAUACAAAAACAUAUAUAUCAAAUGCUGGCUAUGUCUGUAUCUCGUCGGCAACAGUUCAGCUACGGAACAGUAUUUUUUUGAUUAAAUUUUCACUGUCAUUGUUAUACAAAACGAGUGCACUUUGAAAUUAAGUCUUACGCAAUUGCAUUUGCACGUACAUAUCAAGAAACCAAUUAACACCUAACUUCUUAGUGAUUAAAUUGCCGACCGCUUUUAGAUGUUUUCAAUUGUAUACUUGUCAUGUUUUUGUAUUGCGUCUUUAAAAUUUUCUAGUUAUCGCAACAAUAUUUCUGUUUUUUGUAAUCAAAUAUUUAAUUUCAACAAAUUUAUAUUUUUUGUAUUACGUGCGUAGUAAAAAAAUUGGUAUACCUUUUUAAACAUAUACAAAUUAGGUUAUAGGUUAUCUGCCUGUUGAUUAAACUCUUCAUGUUCUUGUUCGAUUUCUUUUGAUUUAAUAUUUUAUACUAAGAGACGACGUUUGUAUAAAUCGUCACUUAUUUAUUCCGAUUUUCGCAGGAAUUCAGUGAAACUAUUCUCUACCGCAACCAUGACUACAUCAGUAUCAAUGGAUGAGCGUAUGUUAAAAGGAAUAAGAAGAAUAGUUCCAAAUUUGAAUAAUGUUAAAUAUAAAGGACAAGAUGGCAGAAUUGGCAUAUUUGGUGGUAGUUUAGAAUAUACUGGUGCACCAUAUUUUGCAGCUAUGAGUGCUCUUCGCACUGGAUGCGAUUUAGUACACAUAUUUUGUGUAAAAGAUGCAAGCAUUCCUUUAAAGUCAUUUAGCCCAGAGCCUAUUGUUCAUCCAGUUUUAGAUCAAUAUGAUGCAAUUAAACAAAUAAGACCAUGGCUUGAUCGUUUACAUGUAAUUAUUAUUGGUCCGGGUCUUGGUAGAGAUGACAAAAUAUUUAAAACGAUUGUUGAACUUAUCUCAAUUUGUCGUGAUAUGAAAAAACCAUUGGUAAUUGAUGCUGAUGGAUUAUUCUUAGUUAGCCAAAAGCCUGAUAUCAUAAAAGAAUAUCCAGGUGUUAUAUUGACUCCGAAUGCUAUGGAAUUCAGUCGUCUAAUGAAAGGAGUGCUUGACAAAUCAGUUAAACCUACACCAUUAGUUAAAGCUACUGAUGUGAAAUAUUUGGCGGAAGCACUUGGGAAAAAUGUUACAAUUUUACAUAAAGGAUCUAAAGAUGUGAUUGUAGAUGGGCAUAAAGGUACAGAAGCUGUGUCAUGUGGAUUAGCAGGUUCUGGCCGAAGAUGUGGCGGACAAGGAGAUUUAUUGGUCGGUGCAUUAUCCGUAUUUUGGUGGUGGGCAAUUUGUGCAGGAAGUUGCGAGAGUUCCUUAUCAGCUCCGAUAACUGCCAGUUAUGCUGCAUCUAGAUUAGUAAGAGAGUGCAAUUCGUCUGCGUAUAAGAUAAAGCAAAGAGGAACAUUAACAUCUGACAUAUUGGAGCAAAUACAGCCUGUUUUUGCAAGAAUCUUUGAAACCCAUUGUAACAAAACAUCUUCAUUCAAUGGGAGAAAUCGAACACGGAGCACUGAUUCCUGAAUUGUGCUCAGUCGCAUAUUUCAAUGUUUUCAAGAAGCAUAUAAUUUUAUGAUAAUUACAUUGCAUAGAAUUAAAUUAGAACACCUUUUAAUUACAACAAAAUUUUUAUAUUAGGAACAGAAAUCAUAAAUUCAGGAAUUUAACAAUAUGAUUAA